UACCACGGUCAUGGCAAUUAAUUGCCCUAACCUUACCUUUCACAUAAUAGCAACUGUGUACAUAUUUCACAGCAACCCUGAGAAAAACACAGCAACUAACGUAAUAAAUACCGAGCUGAGCAUCAUUCCUAUUCGGUAACACGUCGUGUACAACGCCAUAACGUCCGUGUAAGACAGCAAAAAUUCGUUUGAACCGUGUCUUCUUAUUCAAUAUAAACGUUUUUCAAAUAAGAAAUCGAAUUUCGUGAAUUUGUUGUGUCUUAGAUUAAACGGAUUUUGACUAUCUUUUACUAGUAAAAAUUCACAAUUUUGUACUAGAAAAUAUACAUAUAGGUAUAGUUCAAAACUUGAAGAAUGGAAACUGAAGGAUUUUAUGAACCGCAAUCAAGCCGAAGUGCAGUUUCAAAAGAACGUAGGCAUGACGCCAAUGGCGGAUAUCGUCGUUUUUCAUCGCCAUUCUCUACUGACAAUAAGCGUGCACGUUAUAUCACGCGAUACAGUCGUAACGUCUCUCGUUCCAACUCACCGGGUUCGUAUAGAUCUCGUUCUUGUUCCCGUGUUCGCUAUCGCUCUAGAUCUUACACUCGCAUGCGCUGGCGUUCACCAUCUUACUCUAGAGAACGAAGAAGAUAUUCACCAUCACCGGGUUAUCGCCGUGAGCACCGUUACUUCCAUUCUCCUAGUAAUCUUGAGCAGGAAAGGGCAAGGCUUCACCCGGAGCCGUGUUCCUGUGUGGGUAUUUUUGGGUUGUCUGUCACUACUGGUGCUGCAUGUCUUGAAUCAAUUUUUUCGAAGUUCGGGCCAAUCGACGACAUAUAUUUAGUAAAAGAUGGAACGACCGGCCACUCGCGGGGCUUUGCAUUUAUUUAUUUUAAGCGCCUGUUCGAUGCCGAAAAAGCUGUUAGGUCGUCUUCGAAUCUUAUAAUACAUAGAAGGAAAGUUAGAGUGGCAUUUAGUAUUACUAAGCAACCUCAUAAAUCAACGCCUGGAAUUUACAUGGGUCGUGAUCGACGUGAACUUACUUUCUAUCGCCAUUACCAACAUUCUGAGCGUAGUAACUACAGGCAUCCAUCUUACGAGCGAAGAUAUAACAAUGACUAAUAUUAGAAUUAUAAAUUAUAAAGUACUGCUGGUUGCGCCCACUAUUAAACUUGCGCCAUAGAUUAUCUCAGACAUUUACAAAAACUUCAAUUACAGUUAUAAAAUUUGUUAUUUGAAUUGAUUUUAAAAGCCCAGUUUUGAAAUUAAUAAUUUGAAACGAAUGUAAUUUAUUACUCUGUAAACCAUUUAUAAAUUUAUU